AUGUGUUCCAAUUAUACUACAUAUCAAGCCAAUUUUCAUCUACUGGCAUUUUCCAGUUACGUUGUUUUAUGCCCAAUUUUAUUUAGUGUGGUAUUGGUCAUCUACCUGUUGACUGUAACUGCAAACAUAAUAAUUAUGAUAUCUGUAUAUAUAGUAUCAAAUCUGCACACUCCAAUGUAUUUCUUCCUAUGCAACCUGUCAGUUCAGGAUAUUAUCUACGUCUCUGCAAUUCUACCUAAACUAUUAUUCAUCCUGAUAACUGGCGAUAAUCAGAUAUCCUUCCAAGCCUGUUUCACACAAAUGUUCAUGUUUGCAGCUUGUGUCGAUACAGAAUUUUGCAUACUUGCCUCUAUGGCCUAUGACCGAUACGUAGCCAUCUGUUUGCCUCUACGGUAUCAUCUCAUUAUGAAUAGGAAGGUUUAUGUACUAUUGGCUACUACAUCCUGGCUUGUCAGUUCUAUAAACUCAUGUAUUUUCACUUCUAUAAUAUCAAAGUUAUCCUUUAGUAUAACACUAAAUGUUAACCAUUUCUUUUGUGAUCUAAAGGUGAUAUUAAAGAUGACUUGCAGCAAAAUCGGGACCAUAACCAUUAUUAUAUUUAUAGAAAUUGUGGUUUUGGGGAUUGUGCCUUUUUUCUUAAUUUUGACCUCCUAUGUUAUGAUAAUAUCCACUAUAUUAAAGAUUCAAACAGUAGAAGGAAGACUGCGAGCCUUUUCCAGCUGCUCCUCUCAUCUCAUCAUUGUUUUUAUCUUCUGUGGUACAGUUCUCAGCUUGUACAUAAAACCAGAGUCUGAAAAUUCUGAGGAGCUGGACAAAUUCCUCUCAUUAUUGUAUGCUGGUUUGGUUCCACUUUUAAACCCCUUGGUGUACAGCUUGAGGAACAAAGAAGUACUCAAUGUUCUAAAAAAAAUCACUGGUAGAAAAAUAUCAAGAUAACAGUCCAUAUUAGAAAUUCUAGAUGUUUACCCCUAUAAUCACAUGUAAAGAGCAAGUUA